AACACUGUGUGGUUUCCAUGGAAAAGGCCAGAGAAAUAUGGCGCAAAGGGAGCGUAUAAAUGCUUUACCUCUAUGUCUGUGGUACAAGUGAAAUCGAAGCCAGCUAGUGUAUCGCUGCAAGCUCCACCCUGGAACUCCUUGCUCAGACUCUUCUCAUGUGUAGCCACAAGGAGUGUGCACAGGACUAAAGAGGUCCCCACAUUUCAAGAGGAGACGAAAGCCUUAUUUGGAAAUCUUAUGGACGAAGAAAUGAGUCGCCAGACUGCCACCGCGCUGCCCACAGGAACAUCUAAGUGCCCUCCUUCUCAGCGUGUGCCCACCCUUUCAGGCACCACAGCCUCCAACAGUGACCUGGCGAGCCUGUUUGAGUGUCCUGUCUGCUUCGACUAUGUCCUCCCCCCAAUCCUCCAGUGCCAGUCCGGACACCUGGUGUGCUCCAACUGCCGGCCUAAGCUCACUUGUUGCCCCACCUGCCGAGGUCCCCUGGGUUCCAUCAGGAACCUGGCCAUGGAGAAGGUGGCCAACUCUGUCCUUUUCCCCUGCAAGUAUGCCUCAUCAGGCUGCGAAGUCACCUUGCCUCAUACCGACAAGACCGAGCACGAAGAGCUUUGCGAGUUUCGGCCGUAUUCCUGCCCCUGCCCCGGCGCCUCUUGCAAGUGGCAGGGAUCAUUGGAUGCAGUCAUGCCUCACCUGAUGCACCAGCACAAGUCCAUCACCACACUGCAGGGGGAGGACAUCGUGUUCCUGGCCACAGAUAUCAACCUGCCUGGUGCGGUGGACUGGGUAAUGAUGCAGUCGUGCUUCGGCUUCCACUUCAUGCUUGUGCUGGAGAAGCAGGAGAAGUACGACGGACACCAGCAGUUCUUUGCCAUCGUGCAGCUCAUUGGGACUCGCAAGCAGGCCGAGAACUUCGCCUACCGACUGGAGCUCAACGGGCACCGGCGUCGUCUGACCUGGGAGGCCACGCCACGCUCCAUCCACGAGGGCAUCGCCACAGCUAUCAUGAACAGCGACUGCCUGGUGUUCGACACAUCCAUCGCACAACUGUUUGCUGAGAACGGCAACCUGGGAAUCAACGUCACCAUCUCCAUGUGCUAAAAACUUUGAAGAGAAGAGGAUUUAAAAAAAACAAACAAACAAGUUACAUAUUGUUAGGGGGCAUUUUUUUUUUCUUUGUUUUCUUUUUUUUAUUAGACCUCACAGUGCCCCACCCCUCUCUGCCUCACUCCUUCAGACAUGGAUUUGGACUGUCUAAUUAGGCAGCCAUGGAGGCCUGGGGGGGGGGGGGGCUGAAUGUUUGGAUGGAUGAGUGGAGGAAAUGAAACAAAAUAGCAUAACUGUGUAGUGACGGCUAUAGACUUGGAAACACAUUAUGUGAGACCCAUGCGGGGCCUCGCCCUCUGUUCGUCGUAAACGCGGACACAAACUGUCAAACUCCCUUCCUGGCCACGUGUCCCUGUCUUAGAGUGAUUUCUCACAACUCAUUCUCAUCGCACUCUCUCUCUCACACACACUCACACACUCACACACACACACACACACACACACAUUUCAGACACUACGGCUCUUCCCGAGCGGAACGUGGAAGGGGCUCCAGUCCCUGACUUGAAGGAUCAAGCUAUAGUUCAAAACGGACUCCUGGUCAGUGCUGGAGUGCUUGCAAGACAGCUAGCACUUCCUGUUUGUAAUCCACCUCAGUACCCCUCAAGUCCCCCCACACUUUCCCUCACUCGGACUGGAACGGUUCCCACGCUCCCCACCCUCGCAGGGCUAUGGCUGUGGCUGCUAUUGACUAUUUCAAACUGGAACCCUGAGUCCCUAAAAAUCUUUAUCUAAAAUGUAUCUUCGCCUGUGACUGGGGAUCAUCACUCACAGACAUGAAUGGCUGUAGCACCCCAAUCCCCAAGUAACGUCCAGGAAAAGAAGCUUGGAUCUGUGUAAAGGGUCCCGGGAUUACUACAGCUGUGCGAGCUCGUUUUGCUUUCUUCUGCUCCACACCGGUUCCUCCCCCCAAAGCUAAAGAUUGAGCAUCGGAUGCUUGUUAUUAAAUUGUUGACUGUCAUCAUCAAUUAUUAAACUUUGCUGUCAUACUGGUUGGAUGUAAGAAGGCCCUCAGCUACGUCAGCCCUGGAGUUUUAUUUUCAAAGUGGACACAUCAACGGCUUUCUGACAUGCCAAACGCACAUUGCUCUUUGCAUUACAGGCUCUGUGUGCAGGUGUAAUAAAUUGACCUAGGAACAAAGGGGUCCUUUUUGUUUUUUAGAACAAGGAGGAAAAAACCUAAACACUGCAUUUCAGUUGGAAGAAUUAUUUCUCAAGUCUAUUUCUUUGGAACUAUUAGUGGGUUUUUUUUGUUUUGUUUUUUUGUGUGCGCGCGUGUGCACUGUCUUUGCUGAAAACCUGCUCAUUUUCUCACGUCUCUUUCGUUUGUGCUCGGCCUCGUUUCUCUGUCUGCCCGUGUCUGCCUCACCGAUUGACUGAUCACCCAACAAGGAAUGAGGGACAGUUUCUACCGUUACAAUGUUGCUAUUGUUAUUAUUACAUGGAGAUUAUGACAAUUAUCGGUUUUUGUAUUGAAUUUUAAAAACAAACAUUAAAAGGCAAUUGUAAAAGUUGUGGCUAAACUUCAGUGUUUGUAGUUUAAAAAAAAAAAAAAAAAAAACAAGUUGUCAUUCUAUUGAAGGUUUCUUUUCUUCCAGAGUUGGGUUGCUUUAUUUUAUUUUCUCUUCAUUUAUUUGUCUCGCUGUCCUCUCAUUUGUGUGGUAAGUCUUCCCCCUCGAGCCCUUUUUGUUUUUGUUUUUUUGUUCAAGGAUUGAGGGAGUUCAAGCCAAUCAUCUCUCCAUUUCUCCUCAUGUGGAGUCUCAGUAAUGUUGCUGCUCUCCCUGAAGUCCUCCACUUCUGUUUUAAUUUGUCAUUAAAUAAAUCUAUCUUUUUCAUACUCUG